AUGUCUUCAACUCUACUUUUCUUUGCUUUAUUUUCUAUCUGCUCUUGUCAAGUUUUGUUAAACUUACGUGAUUUCAACGGAGGAAAUGCCAAAAAUCGUUUGAACCCCGGCCCUGAUCAGACCGGAGUAUAUGUAUCCGCCUUUUCGGAUUCAGUGGAUUUAUUAUCUAAAAUUUUUAUAGUUUUUGGAAAUAAUGGAACGCAGACUUCACUAUAUGACUUGAAGGAUUUGAGAGUUAGUACCGGGGAAAUCUUUCAUUGCAUAAUUGACAAUUCGACGUACCUGACGACAAGCUUAUCAAAUAAUCAAAUGGCACAACUGACUGGAUUGAUGUUUAUUAGUUCGCCUAGACAGUUAGUGGAUAUGAACUUUCACGUCAUGGAUGCUUCUUAUCAACUUGACAUACGAUUCAAGAAAGUUGACCUCGUUGACUACACCGUUCUUUUUCUAAACACUAACUUUAACGUGAAUCCUUCUACCCCCACAAUAAUCAGUCAGUGGACACAAUACGAGGGGUCAUCUGUCUAUCUCUAUUCCGGAUACCCACAAGAUAAAGAAGAACCAACAAACACACAAAUGUUCUCGAAUCCGAUGACUAUCAACGGAUCUGAUGUGUUUUUUUCGAAUGUUGAGCAGUUUUCUUUGACGUCAUCUGCAUUUUAUAUGAGAACUUUUUUUGGAGGACCCAACUUCAUAAUGUACCCCGGUUAUUUCAACAUUGAUGGAUCAGUCACCACAACUUACACUACAACUGGAUUCUAUGCAAAAGCGAUUGGAGAUGCAGAUAGCGUGAAGACAAUAAGAACAUUAAGAACAUUAGGUUCUUCAGGGUUUACUGGAGCGAAUAUUAUUGGUACACUUCCAAACGGAGGUAAUAUAACAGUCGGCGAGUACGAUGGAAAUUCUCACCACACGUUCACUGUUCAAGCAUCAAAUUUCUCUUGGAAUACCCCAUUUUUCUCUUGGAACACUCCAUUUAUUGGGGAGACCUUCCGAAUCUCGUCGAGCGGAACUCAACGCGGAGAGUUUUUCGUGCAGUAUUUUGUUCAUCAAGGACCACUGAAAGAAGUACCAACUACCGCAACUCCUACAACUCAAAGCAUUCAGACCACUACGAAGUCAUGUGGAACAAACAUUCUAAUCCUAUCCUUGGGCUUUGUAGUAUUUUUGAGUGGUUUUUAA